AUGGACGGCUUUGUUGCAGAACUCAAGAAAAUACCACCUGUUACGCGGUUCUUGUGUAUCUCCCUUAUAUCGGUCACUGGGCCGGUGCUCAUGCAGUUGGUGAGCCCGUACAAGGUGCUAUACCAUCAGUCAUUCGUCUUUGGUGAAAGAGGAUUCGAGGUGUGGAGGUUAUGGUCGAGCUUCUUUUUAGGGAGUGGAGGAUUGGGCUUCAUAUUCGAGAUGAUCAUGUUGUAUCGAACAGGAAACGAACUCGAAUCCGGGCCUUACCUCCGAAAAUCAUCCGACCUCGCAUUUCAGCUCGUCGUCGCUUGUGGUGCAAUCAUCGUAACCUCCAUUCCCCUCUCCUCCACCGUCUUCUUCCGGCCCCUCCUUCUCUCUCUCGUCUACCUUUCAUCUCAACUCGCACCUCCCGGCGCCCAAACAUCCUUGUACGGCCUCAUCUCAAUCCCAGUCAAAUACUUCCCCUUCGCUCUUCUGGGUAUGGACUUACUCAAUGGCGGACCGAGGGCUGCGGCGCUUGCGCUUCCGGGUGCAGUCAUUGGGCAUUUAUGGUGGUGGGGUAUAUUCGGCAGUGGGGCAGGCGGUAGAGGAGGGCCGUUGGCAGAAUACGGUCGAGCGCCGAGGUGGUUGGCGAGGUGGUUCGGUGAGUCGGGUGGGUCUGGUGCGAAUGCCGAGUCCAUCAGAGCUACGGGAAGUGGAGUUCAUGUCGUUCCUCCAAGAGCCAGAGCCGAAGACAACGCUCAAACGACUCAUGGAUAUCGAUGGGGAUCUGGACAACGGUUAGGACGCGAUUGA